GGCCCUAUUCCGUUCCGCUUCCGGGGAAGUGCAGGGGCUGCGGUACGCGCUCCUCUGAGACUGUGAACAGUGAGGAUAUUUUGGCCCGCGGGCUCCUGGUUCGCGGAGUUGGGCCGCCACAGCUACCUGUUAGGGGAAGUACAUCGGGUUCCCCACUGCUCCGAGGGGACCUUUCCUUUCCACUGGAGCGGAGAGUGCUGCCAUGGCGGCCCCUGCUCAGCCCAAGAAAAUCGUGGCUCCUACGGUGUCCCAGAUCAACGCGGAGUUCGUAACCCAGUUAGCAUGUAAAUACUGGGCUCCUCAUAUCAAGAAAAAAUCACCUUUUGAUAUAAAGGUCAUUGAAGAUAUAUAUGAAAAAGAGAUUGUCAAAUCGAGGUUUGCCAUCAGAAAGAUAAUGCUCUUGGAAUUUAGCCAGUAUCUUGAAAAUUACCUCUGGAUGAAUUAUUCUCCAGAGGUGUCCAGCAAGGCCUAUUUAAUGUCAAUCUGCUGUAUGGUGAAUGAGAAAUUCAGAGAAAAUGUCCCUGCAUGGGAGACUUUUAAGAAGAAGCCAGACCACUUCCCAUUUUUUUUUAAGUGUAUCUUGAAAGCAGCAUUAGCUGAAACUGAUGGUGAAUUUUCACUCCAUGAACAGACGGUCUUACUGCUUUUUCUUGACCAUUGCUUCAAUAGUUUGGAAGUAGACUUGAUAAGGAGUCAAGUACAGCAGCUUAUCUCCCUCCCAAUGUGGAUGGGCUUACAGCCUGCACGAUUGGAAUUAGAAUUAAAAAAGACACCUAAGCUAAGAAAAUUCUGGAACUUGAUUAAAAAGAACGAUGAAAAGAUGGAUCCAGAAGCAAGACAACAAGCCUAUCAAGAAAGAAGAUUUCUUUCACAACUCAUACAGAAGUUUAUCUCUGUGCUGAAAUCAGUGCCUCUUUCUGAGCCAGUCACUAUGGACAAAGUUCAUUACUGUGAAAGAUUCAUUGAACUUAUGAUUGACCUAGAGGCCCUACUUCCCACAAGGCGCUGGUUUAAUACCAUCCUAGAUGACUCCCACCUUUUGGUUCACUGUUACCUUUCCAAUCUUGUUCAUAGGGAAGAGGAUGGCCAUCUUUUUUCCCAGCUUUUGGACAUGCUUAAGUUCUAUACUGGUUUUGAGAUUAACGACCAGACUGGAAAUGCUCUGACAGAGAAUGAGAUGACCACAAUUCACUAUGACAGAAUUACUUCUCUACAGAGAGCUGCUUUUGCACAUUUCCCUGAACUCUAUGAUUUUGCCCUCUCGAAUGUGGCAGAAGUAGAUACCCGGGAAUCAUUGGUCAAGUUUUUUGGACCUCUUAGUUCAAAUACACUCCACCAGGUGGCAUCAUACCUCUGCUUGUUACCAACUCUUCCUAAAAAUGAAGACACAACUUUUGAUAAAGAAUUUCUUCUAGAAUUGCUGGUAUCUCGUCAUGAACGUCGAAUUUCUCAGAUUCAGCAGUUGAAUCAGAUGCCUUUGUAUCCAACUGAGAAAAUCAUAUGGGAUGAAAAUAUUGUCCCAACUGAGUACUAUUCUGGGGAAGGUUGUCUUGCUCUUCCCAAGUUGAAUUUGCAGUUUUUGACUCUUCAUGAUUACCUCUUAAGGAAUUUUAAUCUCUUCCGCUUAGAAUCAACUUACGAAAUUAGGCAAGACAUCGAGGAUAGUGUCAGCAGAAUGAAGCCUUGGCAGUCUGAGUAUGGUGGUGUAGUGUUUGGUGGUUGGGCACGAAUGGCCCAGCCUAUCGUGGCUUUCACUGUAGUUGAGGUUGCCAAGCCAAACAUAGGUGAAAACUGGCCAACCCGAGUUCGUGCAGAUGUUACCAUCAAUCUGAAUGUCAGAGAUCACAUCAAAGAUGAAUGGGAAGGUCUUCGUAAGCAUGAUGUAUGCUUUUUAAUCACUGUACGGCCCACAAAACCUUAUGGUACUAAGUUUGACCGGAGGAGACCUUUUAUUGAGCAGAUUGGCCUGGUUUACGUCAGAGGCUGUGAAAUCCAGGGCAUGCUGGAUGAUAAAGGGCGCGUCAUUGAAGACGGACCUGAGCCAAGACCCAAUCUUAGAGGAGAGUCGAGGACAUUUAGAGUGUUCUUGGAUCCAAACCAGUAUCAACAAGAUAUGACUAAUACUAUACAAAAUGGAGCAGAAGAUGUGUAUGAAACUUUUAAUAUCAUAAUGAGGAGAAAACCAAAAGAAAAUAACUUUAAGGCUGUGCUGGAGACCAUUCGGAACCUGAUGAAUACUGAUUGUGUGGUACCUGACUGGCUGCAUGACAUCAUUUUGGGUUAUGGGGAUCCAAGUAGUGCACAUUAUUCAAAAAUGCCCAAUCAGAUUGCCACUCUUGAUUUCAAUGAUACGUUUCUCUCCAUCGAACAUUUAAAAACCAGCUUUCCUGGUCAUAAUGUUAAAGUAACUGUGGAUGACCCAGCUCUACAGAUACCCCCUUUCAGGAUAACUUUUCCAGUAAGGAGUGGAAAAGGGAAGAAAAGGAAAGAUGCAGAUGGUGAAGAUGAAGAUACUGAAGAGGCAAAAACCUUAAUUGUUGAACCUCAUGUCAUUCCUAAUAGGGGUCCUUAUCCUUACAACCAACCCAAACGUAAUACAAUUCAGUUUACUCACACACAAAUAGAGGCUAUCCGUGCUGGGAUGCAGCCUGGGCUGACUAUGGUUGUGGGUCCACCAGGUACUGGAAAAACAGAUGUUGCAGUCCAGAUCAUAUCCAACAUCUACCAUAAUUUCCCAGAGCAGAGGACGCUGAUUGUUACUCAUUCUAAUCAGGCCCUGAACCAGUUGUUUGAGAAGAUCAUGGCUUUAGACAUUGAUGAGCGCCACCUCCUGCGUCUCGGUCAUGGGGAAGAAGAGCUGGAGACAGAGAAGGAUUUCAGCAGAUAUGGAAGAGUUAAUUAUGUCCUGGCUCGAAGAAUAGAACUUUUAGAAGAAGUUAAACGAUUACAAAAGAGUCUAGGGGUUCCUGGAGAUGCUUCAUAUACUUGUGAAACUGCAGGCUAUUUCUUCUUAUAUCAGGUCAUGUCUCGUUGGGAAGAAUAUAUCAGCAAAGUGAAAAAUAAAAGUAGUACGCUGCCGGAUGUUACGGAAGUCUCCACUUUCUUCCCUUUUCAUGAAUACUUUGCAAAUGCCCCUCAACCCAUUUUUAAAGGCCGAUCUUACGAAGAAGACAUGGAAAUUGCUGAAGGAUGUUUCAGGCAUAUUAAGAAAAUCUUCACUCAGCUCGAGGAAUUCAGAGCUUCUGAACUGCUUCGAAGUGGACUGGACAGAUCUAAAUACCUUCUGGUGAAAGAAGCCAAAAUCAUUGCUAUGACAUGUACUCAUGCUGCCUUAAAGCGACAUGAUUUAGUCAAGCUAGGUUUCAAGUAUGACAACAUUUUAAUGGAAGAGGCUGCUCAAAUUCUGGAGAUAGAAACUUUUAUACCUCUUCUUCUACAGAAUCCUCAAGAUGGUUUUAGCCGACUGAAACGCUGGAUUAUGAUUGGUGAUCAUCACCAGUUACCUCCAGUCAUUAAGAAUAUGGCCUUUCAGAAGUAUUCAAACAUGGAGCAAUCUCUUUUCACUCGCUUUGUCCGGGUUGGAGUUCCUACUGUAGAUCUUGACGCUCAAGGAAGAGCCAGGGCAAGCUUAUGUAACCUCUACAACUGGAGAUACAAGAAUCUGGGAAAUCUUCCCCACGUACAGCUCUUGCCAGAGUUUAGUACAGCAAAUGCCGGCUUGCUUUAUGACUUCCAGCUCAUCAAUGUGGAAGAUUUUCAAGGAGUAGGAGAGUCUGAACCUAAUCCUUACUUUUAUCAGAAUCUUGGAGAAGCAGAAUAUGUGGUGGCACUUUUUAUGUAUAUGUGUUUACUUGGUUAUCCUGCUGAUAAGAUCAGUAUUCUAACAACAUAUAAUGGGCAAAAGCAUCUUAUUCGUGACAUCAUCAAUAGACGAUGUGGAAGCAAUCCAUUGAUUGGAAGACCAAAUAAGGUGACAACUGUGGACAGAUUUCAAGGUCAACAGAAUGAUUAUAUUCUCCUUUCUCUAGUAAGAACCAGGGCAGUGGGCCAUCUGAGGGAUGUCCGUCGCUUAGUGGUGGCCAUGUCUAGAGCCAGACUUGGACUAUAUAUCUUCGCAAGAGUAUCCCUCUUCCAGAACUGUUUUGAACUAACUCCAGCUUUCAGCCAGCUUACUGCCCGUCCACUUCAUUUGCAUAUUAUUCCAACAGAACCUUUCCCAACCAGUAGAAAGAAUGGAGAGCGACCAUCUCACGAAGUACAGGUAAUAAAGAACAUGCCCCAGAUGGCGAACUUUGUAUACAACAUGUACAUGCAUUUGAUACAGACCACACAUCAUUAUCAUCAGACGUUCUUACAGCUACCACCUGCUAUGGUAGAAGAAGGUGAGGAAGUUCAAAGUCAGGAAACGGAGUUGGAAACAGAAGAGGAGGCCAAUCCUGCUCAAACUGACCUAUCCGGUCUGAUAGAUGCCACCUCCAGUCAAGAAUCCUCAGCCUCUCUGAAUGAGAUCACCUGCAGUCAGACCGAGAGCACCCGCACUCAGAUGGGAGCUAGGUGCAACCCAGAAGCCACCCCUGCUGCAUCUGAUGUCACUGCUGCUGCGGCAAGACCUAUAGCCGUACCAGCAGAGGCACAUGCCCCUCAGGAUGUCACACCGGCCCCCCAGGAGACCAAGUAGCCCAACUGUGGCCUUUCUUGGGGGAACAUGGCUUUCAUAAAGUCCAACUAAAGCUACUUUCUGUAUUUUAUAUUUGCUUCUGCUCUUUUAGGGUACUAAUUUGUGUUCAGUCCUAAUUUUUGGUCACCAAUCUCAGUGUUUGUCUUCUUGGAUAGAUUUAAAAGAAAAUUGUAUGUGUGUGAACAACUUCAGUUUAAUUUGUUCAGUCAGAAGGACAAAUAGCCAUUCCUUUGAUGUUUUUAUAAUUGAAUGUAUCUGUAAUUAUACCUACAUUAAAAGAAUUUUCUGUAGAAUACAUAA